GGCAAGCCAUUCCACCUGACAACUCGCCGCCGCCCGAUGCAAGGAUAUAAAAGGUCCCGCAGACCACCCUCUGUCCUGGUCGAGUGGGUCUGCCCUCGUUCUCUCGCUCUCCCCCCCCCAGCUCCUUCCCCUCCCCGAGCGAUCCGCUGCACCUUCAACCAUGAUUACCCCUCAUGCACUGGUCCAGGAACGGCCCCAGACCCCCGGUGGCCGUCCCCAGACACCUGGAGCCCGUCCCCAGACUCCGCUCCUCCAGACUUCGGAAAUCAAGCAAUAUACCAAGACCCUCGUUGACGCAGCUCCGGCCCAUCUUGUGAACGAGUCGGACCAGAAGCUCGAGGACGACGUCAACCUCCUGGCCAAGCUCCUGGUCGACACCAUCAAAGAGCACUCGGGCAUCGCCGGCGGUCAUCCCGAGCGCCUGAUCUCGAUCAUCGAGGGUGUGCUCGCUGCCAGCCAUCUCUACUUUGACGCCCCCUCGGACGAGUCCUUCGAGAAGCUCGUCACCCUCAUCCAGCAGGUCGUCACUCCCACCGAGUACCUCGAGGUUACCCGUGUGUUCCAUGAGUUCCUGACCCUGGCUGAGGUUGCCGAGCGACAGCACAGAGUCCGCCGCUGGCGCGGCUAUCGCCGAGGCGAAAACGAUCUGCACUUCCGCCAGACCUUCAAGGAUGCAUUCAAGUUCCUCCUCGACAAGGGCUUCACUGGCGAGCAGAUCCGCGAGGAGCUGACCAAGCAGCACAUCGAGCUUGUCCUCACGGCCCACCCAACUCAGGCUGCCCGCCGCACCCUCCUCACCAAGUACUUCAACAUUGCCCAGCAGCUCGAGACCCGUGACCGCACUGUUCUCACACCCGCCGAGCAUGCCGACAUGAUGGAUGCCAUUCGCCGCGAGAUUGUCGGCGCCUGGAGAACCAACACUGUCCGCCGCAUUCGUCCCACUCCCGAAGACGAGGCCCGUGGCGCCCUCUCGGUCCUCGAGAACAGCAUCUGGAAGGCUCUGCCCAAGUUUAUGCGCACCCUCGAUGCCACCCUCGCCGAGUACGACAUUGAGCCCAUUCCUGUCGACAAGUCCAUCAUCAGCUUCGGAAGCUGGAUCGGCGGCGAUCGCGAUGGCAACCCGUUCGUCACUCACGAGGUCACCACCGAGGUCCUCAAGCUCUGCCGCUGGCGCGCCUCGGAGCUGAUCUACAAGGAGAUUGAUCUGCUGCUCUUCGAGCUCAGCAUGACCCGCGGCUCCGAGGAGCUCAUCGAGGUGGUCUCCAAGAUCCAGCACGAGCAUCUCGUCGGCAGCAGCCGUGCCACCAACCUCAACUUCCCUCGCGGCAACAUUCCCCGCGACGAGCCCUACCGUGUGCUGCUUGCGCCCCUGCGUGACAGCUGCAAGGUGACCGAGGAGUAUCUUUGCCGGGCUAUCGGUGUCUCCAUCCCUCCAGAGCGCCCUGCCAACUUCAUUGGCAGCCCCGAGCAGUUGCUGGAUCCCCUCAAGCUCUGCUACCGCAGUCUCGUUGCGUGCGGUGACCAGGUCAUUGCCGACGGCCGUCUCAAGGAUCUGAUCCGCCGCAUCUCGGCCUUUGGUCUCUCCCUCCUCAAGCUUGACAUCCGCCAGGAGUCCGACCGCCACAGCGAGGUCUUUGACUACGUCACCGAGUGGCUCGGCCUGGGCACUUUCUCCGAGUGGGAAGAGCAGAAGAAGCAAGAGUGGAUGGUGGCUGAGCUGAACAACAAGCGGCCCCUUAUCCCCGACAACUGGCCCGACAUUCCUGGCGCUGAAAACGUUCCCGACACUGUCCGCGAGGUCAUGCGCACCUUCCGAACCCUCACCCGAGUCGGCACCGACGCCCUCGGCGGCUACGUCAUUUCGAUGGCCCGAUUCCCCUCCGACAUCUUGGCUGUGGCACUCCUCCAAAAGACCGUCGGUAUGGUCAAUCCCCUCCGCGUGGUCCCGCUCUUUGAGACCAAGGCUGACUUGGAGCGAUCGUCCUCGACCAUGGAGAGGCUCUUCUCGGUCGAGUACUACCUCAAGAGCAUCAACGGCAAGCAGGAGGUCAUGCUUGGUUACUCUGACAGUGCCAAGGAUGCCGGCCGCUUGACCUCGGUUUGGUCCCUGUGGGAGACCCAGUCCAGCCUCGCUGCUACCUGCGACAAGUUUGGCGUCCAUCUCACGCUCUUCCACGGACGUGGAGGCAGUGUCGGUCGUGGUGGAGGUCCCCAGCAUCUCGCCGUUCUUUCGCAGCCCAGCGGUACCGUCAAGGGCACUAUGCGAGUCACCAUCCAGGGCGAGAUCAUCGAUAACCACUUUGGACAUCCCGGCACGGCCGAGCAGACUCUCGAGCGUUACGCCACCGCCACGCUGAUUGCCACCAUGGCUCCUCCUGAGGCCCCGAAGAAGGAAUGGCUCGAGACGAUGGCCCGCAUGUCCGAGAUCUCUUGCAGCCACUACCGAAGCGUUGUCACCGGCGACCAGGACUUCAUCCCAUACUUCCACGACGCCACCCCGCUCCGUGAGAUCGGCAUCAUGAACAUUGGCUCGCGACCGGCCCGCAGAAAGGUUGGCGGCGGCAUCGAGACCCUCCGCGCCAUUCCUUGGAUCUUUGCCUUUACCCAGACCCGUGUCCAUCUCCCUGUCUGGCUCGGCAUCGAUGCUGCCAUCCAGCAGAUGAAGGACGAGGGCAAGAUGGAUGUCCUCAGGGACAUGUACUACAACUGGCCCUUCUUCCACAGCACCCUCGAUCUCGUCCAGAUGACUCUGUCCAAGGCCGACCCCAGAAUCGCCGCCUACUACGACCAGUGCCUGGUUCCGCCCGAAUACCACUCCAUGGGUGUCAAGCUCCGCGGCCACCUCCAGAACUGUAUUGACCUCGUGCUGGAGGUUGCCGAGCAAGACCAUCUCCUGGCUUCGGACCCCGUCGUCGCCCGUGCCAUCCACUCCCGCCUUCCCUUCACGGAUCCCUUGAACCUCAUCCAAGCCGAGAUUAUCCGCCGGAUUCGCGUGGAGCCGACCGAGGACGGAUCUGUCGACGAGCCGCACAAGGAUCUGAUGGACGCCAUGAUUGUCACCAUCCAGGGCAUCGCCGCCGGCAUGGGCAACACCGGCUAAGGCUCCCAUGGAGGGAGAGGGUCUGAAAAUUUGCUGGAGCGGUUGUGUUGUGCGGAGGUUCCUUGGGGCAUCCAGCAUUAUCACAUUUGCUCUUUUUUCUCUCUCUCUCACUUUCCAUGGAGGUAGAUCGACAUUGGGGAAGGGGACUCCACAUGUUUAUUGACCCUCUGCUCUUUCGAUAUCGCUUUUUCAAUCGCCCUUUCUCUCUUUUCCUCUCUUCAUAGUCAAAGGACUUUCUGUGCCCGGUGAGGCGAGGUGGCAACAUUGUCGCUGGAACUGGAGCCGACAGAUCGCCACACACACACAAGCCAAUAUAGCAUAUCAUUACAGGCAAUCCAAUAAAAAACGGGACACCCGGGUUUUUGACCAUUCA